AUGGUUGUCAUUGGUGUGCUGGUCGAAGGAUUCCUGGUACGUAACAACAGUUGGACGCUACUUGGAAGCCAGCUCGCGAAAGACAAGAAAAAGGGAUACUACGUCAUACCUGGAGGCCCUGUUGAGAUUCGUCCAGGGGAUGUUGUUGCGGCGAGAUGUCUGUACAUAAACCGAGGUACCGAACCAAUUGGUUUUGGCAUGAGCGGCGGGGAAGAAAUGUGCAACUUCCAACUUGACAUUGGCUUUCGUCCAGAGGACGCUGACCACUUCCGGCGACCAGCAAUGUGUACUGCCGAGUCUCCGACAUUUAGAUUCUGCGACCACGAAGAGACAGCUGCUAUUUGUUAAAUUGACUGAUACCACAGUGAAGAACAUAUUAAGAACAAAACAUGUAGAUACUCUGGCGACGAGACUGUUACCACAGCAUUGUGAUCUGCAUUGAAAAUGUAUACGUUGUUUUAUGGAAUUAAAGUGUUUUAGAUAAUAAAAAAUAUGUAUAUAUUGCUAUUAUAACAAUGCACUUCCCCCAAUGUAAAAACCGUUAAGUAAUCUGACAUUACAAAA